AUGAAGAAAAGGAUGUUGAAGACAAACAUCAUUCUAUUGUGGUGUUAUCUAUUGACAACAGUUCUCACCGUACCUGUAUCACCCAAGUUGGGUGGCACUUUAGGUGAGGAUACUGAUACCAAAGGAGAAACCCCUGCUAUUAGUAUUGAAAAUUCCCACGUAAAUCCCCCAAGUUCAAGCGUUAUUAUUCCAACCACCGUUCAAAAAGCUCCAGCCUCCACUUCCUCAGAAGUUGUUAUUUCAUCUGCAGGUGCCCCUUCUUCCGAAGUCGUCUUUUCACCUCCAGGUGCCACUUCUUCUGAAGUUGUCUUUUCACCUCCAGGUGCCACUUCUUCUGAAGUUGUCUUUUCACCUCCAGGUGCCACUUCUUCUGAAGUUGUCUUUUCACCUCCAGGUGCCACUUCUUCUGAAGUUGUCUUUUCACCUCCAGGUGCCACUUCUUCUGAAGUUGUCUUUUCACCUCCAGGUGCCACUUCUUCUGAAGUCGUCAUUCCUAGUCCUGUUGCUUCUUCACACGUGAUUCCAUCCCCAGAGGACGUUGCCUCCCUGCGUGCUGGCCGUUCUUCAGUAGUCGCUGAAUCUGAUACCGACCUACCUCCCCCACAACCUUCAUCGUCACAGGUUGUUGUCCUCGCAGCAUCUUCUUCCGAAGUCGUUCCUCCAACUGGUGCCCCUUCCUCUCCGGAAGUCUUUAUUCCACCAGUUGCCCCUUCUUCUCUGGAAGUUGUUGUCCCACCCGUGGUUAGUUCCUCAGUAGUCCAACAACCAGUUGUGGCCUCAUCUGAAAUUGUUUUAGAAUCAGCUUCUACUGUUGAAAUUACUACAUCAUCGUCGCAAGUCGUUGUUCCAGAAGCUACUACUGCUCCUGAAGUCGUUGCCCCAGUCGUCGAUUCUUCGUCUGAAGUCGUUGCACCAGUUGUCGCUUCUUCUUCUGAAGUGGUUGCACCGGUUGUCGCUUCUACUUCUGAAGUCGUUGCCCCAGUCGUCGCUUCUUCGUCUGAAGUCGUUGCACCAGUUGUCGCUUCUUCUUCUGAAGUCGUUGCACCGGUUGUUGCCCCCGCUUCGUCCACAACUUCUCAACCAAUAUCCCCCGAAGAACUAACAGUCGCGGCCCCACCUUCUUCAGAAGUUGUUGCUCCAUCAGUUGGUCCUACUUCUUCAGAUACACUUGUCGCACAGCCUACUGAAUCUUCCACGCUGACUACUAACAACCAAGCAGCACAACUCCAAGUCCAACCUCUUAAUUUUGGUUUACAUACCUCAAGUACUAGAACAAGUUUAUCUUCGUCUAUCAGAUCAAGUUCUUCCUCGUCAGCGCAACCCAGGUCCAAUUCAAGAACCAGAACAACCAAUACUAUUCCAUACCACCAAUAUAGUUCUAGCUCAUCUGCUCAUCACAGUUCUAGUUCUAGUACCAGUUCCAGUACCAGAGUAACUCAUACUACACCAACCCACCAUCAACAUAGUUCUAGCUCAUCUGCUCAUCACAGUUCUAGUUCNAAGGUCAUACAAAGACAGUGCCAAGUUUCUACUGCCACUGGUAUUGUUGUUGUAAGUACCAAUUCUCAGGGUCAGUCACAUACGUUUACCAAGCCAAUUCCUACUGUUGUUAAUUAUACUACUGUUUGCGUCACCGAAGGAGUUACCGAAACUGUUGGUAUUUGUAUAACUACAAAUUCUAGAGGCGAGAAGACUACUGUUACUGUUCCAAUUGAAGCCGCAUAUGUCACAACACCAGUUUCUACUGUUACGGUUACUGAAACUGAAGUUUUGACUACUACUCAUUGUGUUAAGAGACGUUGUGUCCAGCAAGAGAAUACAAAGACGGUUGUUCUGGUUGAAACUGUUUAUACUACUGUUCCUUGUGUUCCAACUGGGUUUAUUAAUAGUCCAAGUAAUAUCAAUAAUCCAGGUAAUUCCAAUUCUACUCCAGAUGCUAUUAAUGCUGUUGCUGCAGAAGGGAAUACUGGAGCAUCCAAUUCUGGUAAUUCGAUUGCAGGUUCUAACUCAGGUUCUAAUGGUACUAAUGGUAGUAAUGAAUCGCACCACGCCGGUGGUGGCAAUGGCGGUGGUAAUGCUGGUGGUAAUGCAACUGGUACUCAACCUACUGGCGCUCAACCUACUGGUGCUAAUACUCAAGCUGGUGGUAACAUUCAAGCUGUCGGUAAUACGCAACCAGGUGGAAGUCCUCAAGCUGCUGCCAAUACUCAAGUAGGUGGAAGUCCUCAAGCUACUGCCAAUACUCAAGUAGGUGGAAGUCCUCAAGCUACUGCCAAUACUCAAGUAGGUGGAAGUCCUCAAGCUACUGCCAAUACUCAAGUAGGUGGAAGUCCUCAAGCUACUGCCAAUACUCAAGUAGGUGGAAGUCCUCAAGCUACUGCCAAUACUCAAGUAGGUGGAAGUCCUCAAAGUGCUACCAACAUUCAAGCUGCUGGUGGUGCUCAACCUACUGGUGGUAAUUCUAACGCUGCUGCUGCUGGUAGUACCCAAACUGCUCAGGCUACUGGUGCUGCUGGAGGUGCUCCAACAACAACAUCCACCACGACUAGUACAACUCCACAAGUGACUCAUGCCAACGCAUCGAAUAGCAACAAACCGCCUUCAUCUAAAUGGAUCUGGCUUGUUUGUUUGACAUUCACCUAUUGGUUAUUCUAG